AUGGCCGUAGAAGUGCUUCCGCUGGCCCAAUUGAAGCUGGCGACGGGGCCGAGCCCCGUCACGGCAGAGCAGCGAUACUGGCGGUCAUUCAAAAAUCAAAAAUCGCACACGUCGACGGCAUCGUGGCCCAUCUCGCACAUCAGCUUCCCCACCACGGUCGGCGCCACCACAUCCAACUCGCUCGUUGCCGCCGCCAAGCUCAACGAUCUUUUCGCCGUCACCUCGGGCCCCCGUGUCGACAUCUUCUCCAUCCGCAAGCGCGAACCGCUCAAGACCAUCGGCCGUUUCGACAGCGAGGCCCACAGUGGCGAGAUCCGAGCCGAUGGCCGCGUUCUUGUCGCCGGCGAGGACUCGGGCAAGAUGCAGGUUUUUGACGUCGGCGGCGGCACCCGUGCUGUCAUUCUUAAGACCUGGCACAUCCACAAGCAGCCCGUUUGGGUCACUCGCUGGUCGCCCACCGAGCUGACGACGCUCAUGAGCGCCAGCGACGACAAGACGGUCCGUCUCUGGGAUCUCCCAUCCAACAACCCGAGCCGCAUGUUCACCGGCCACUCCGAUUACGUGCGUUGCGGCGCCUUCAUGCCUGGCGGAAACAGUAAUCUUAUUGUCUCAGGCUCGUACGACGAGACGGUCCGGGUCUGGGAUGCCAGAUCCCCUGGCGGCUCCGUCCUGACAUUCAAGCACGCCGACCCCAUUGAAGACGUGCUACCCCUGCCCUUAGGCACAACUCUCUUGGCCGCAGCCGGCAGCGCCAUCUCGGUGCUCGAUCUUGUCGCUGCCAAGCCGCUCCGACUCAUAACAAAUCACCAAAAGACGGUUACAUCCCUCUCUCUGGCGUCCAACGGGCGGCGCGUUGUCAGCGGAAGUCUGGACGGCCAUGUCAAGGUCUUCGAAACCUCCGGGUGGAAUGUUGUGGCCGGCUCAAAAUACCCGUCUCCGGUUCUAUCUAUCGCCGUCAUUGCUGCCGGUGCGACGCAGGAAGACCGGCACUUGGCGGUGGGCAUGCAGUCUGGCGUUCUUUCCCUGCGGACCCGCCUGUCCGGGUCGGCAGCCGAGAAGGCGAGGGAGCGGGCGGCCGAGGAAGCCGCGCGCGACAUUGGGCCCCAGGCGCUCGACAAGCUCGACUCGCAAAAGGCGAAGCGGAAGCGCAAGGCUGUGUCCAACAAGGCAAUGGCCCUGCUUGGCGAGAGCGUCGACGUCAUUAUUCCCACGGAGGCGACAAACUCGGCGGGGGGCCGCGCGCGUAGGGUAAAGCUCAGGCCGUGGCAGGAAAAGUUCCGGCGGGGGCGGUACGCCGCGGCGCUUGACGACGUUGUCGACAUGUCUGGGCCCGAUUACCAGCCCGUGACGGCGCUGACGCUCUUCGUGGCGCUGCGGCACCGGUCCGCGCUGCGCGAGGCGCUCGAGGGACGCGACGAGGUUACGGUGCUGCCGCUUCUUAGGUGGGUCAGCAAGUACAUCUCUGACCCGCGCUACGUCAGCGUGUGCGUCGACGUCACCUUUCACCUGCUCGACAUAUAUAGUGAAUAUGUGGGCGGUAGUUCCGAGCUCGCCGACCAGUUCCAGAUGCUAUGGGGCAAGGUAUCCAAGGAGGUCGAGAAAGCCCAGAUGGCCAUCAUCACGACCGGGAUGGUUGAGAGCCUGAUGAUUGGUCGGAUGGAGUGA